AUGGAUGAAUCACUUCUAUUCAACCAUACUCCAAAUUAUGGCAACUUCCCCACUAUUAAACUAAAAACACUACACAUUUUUGUCAGUUCAUCAUCAUCAUCAUCAUCAAUAUCAAUGGGAGAAGUAUGGGAUCUAAAGCUAAAGGGAGUGGAAUAUGAAUACAUUGAAGAAGACAUUCCCAACAAGAGCCACAAGCUGUUGCUAUACAACCCAGUCCACAAAAAGGUUCAUGUGCUUGACCAUGCUGGCAGGCCAAUCGCUGAGUCCCUUGUCAUUCUUGAAUAUAUUGAGAAAAAGUGGUCACAAUCACAAACCCCACUUUUGCCCAUUGAUCCAUUUCAAAGGGGCCUUGCAAGGUUUUGGAUUCAGUUUAAUUUGGACAAGAAAAGCUUUGCAAUUUAUCAUAAAAUUGGAGAGGUAAAAGUAUGAUGGAAGGUCCUAUUUGACAGAGGCUUGGGAAAGAAGAAUUUCUUCAAUGGGGACUCAAUUGGAUUGGUGGAUAUAUCAUUUGGGUGGCUUGAAGCCAUGGAAGAAACUGCAGGAAUACAAAUUUUGGGGUCAAAUACAUUACCAAGAUUGCAUGCAUGGAUCAAGAACUUGUAUGUUGUACUUGUUCCUGUGAUCAAUGAAAACCUUCCUCAUCACCAGACAUUGUUAGAAUAUAUGGCUCACAAGAUAGAAAAUAUUGUUAAUCAUUUAUCUAUAUGA